AUCCAACCGUGAUGUCCAGGAUGUUAUCAAGUGGGAAUCCUGUAUAUGAAAAAUAUUAUAGACAGGUCGAUGCAGGCAGUACUGGAAGGGUUUUGGCUUCUGAUGCUGCUACUUUCCUGAAAAAAUCAGGGCUUCCAGAUUUGAUACUUGGAAAGAUUUGGGAUUUAGCUGACACGGAUUGCAAAGGCAUCCUCAACAAACAAGAAUUCUUUGUUGCUUUGCGUCUUGUGGCAUGUGCCCAGAACGGAUUGGAGGUUUCACUGAGUAGCUUGAACCUGGCUGUUCCUCCACCAAGAUUUCAUGAUACUAGUAGUCCUUUGCUAAUCAGUGGAACCUCUGCAACUGAGCUCCCAUGGGCUGUAAAAUCUGAAGAUAAGACCAAAUAUGAUGCAAUUUUUGAUAGUUUAAAUCCAGUAGAUGGAUUUCUGUCUGGUGAUAAAGUGAAACCAGUGUUGCUCAAUUCUAAGUUGCCUGUGGAUAUCCUUGGAAGAGUUUGGGAGUUGAGUGAUAUUGACCAUGAUGGAAUGCUUGACAGAGAUGAGUUUGCAGUUGCCAUGUUUUUGGUAUACUGUGCACUAGAGAAAGAACCUGUGCCAAUGUCCUUGCCUCCAGCCUUGGUGCCACCUUCUAAGAGAAAAACGGUCAGUAUAUCAGGAUCUGUGCGGUUGAUCCCCUCUUCAGCAUCAGCCAAGGAAUCUUACCACUCCUUACCACCUGUAGGCAUUUUACCUACCAAAGCACCAUUAAGACAGUGGGUUGUAUGCUCUGCAGAAAAAGCUAAAUAUGAUGAAAUCUUCCUGAAAACUGAUAAAGAUAUGGAUGGAUUUGUGUCUGGAUUGGAGGUCCGUGAAAUCUUCCUAAAAACAGGUUUACCUUCUACCUUACUAGCCCAUAUUUGGGCCUUAUGUGAUACAAAGGACUGUGGAAAACUUUCAAAGGAUCAGUUUGCCUUGGCUUUUCACUUAAUCAAUCAAAAGUUGAUAAAAGGCAUUGAUCCUCCUCACAUUCUUACUCCUGAUAUGAUUCCACCAUCAGACAGGGCCAGUUUACAAAAGAACAUCAUAGGAUCAAGUCCUGUUGCAGAUUUCUCUGCUAUUAAGGAGCUAGAUACCCUUAACAAUGAAAUAGUUGACCUAAAGAGGGAAAAGAAUAAUGUGGAACAGGACCUUAAGGAGAAAGAAGAUACUAUUAAACAGAGGACAAACGAGGUUCAGGAUCUUCAAGAUGAAGUUCAAAGGGAAAGUACUAAUCUGCAAAAACUGCAGGCCCAGAAACAGCAAGUACAGGAACUCCUUGAUGAAUUGGAUGAGCAGAAAGCCCAACUGGAGGAGCAGCUCAAGGAAGUCAGAAAGAAAUGCGCUGAGGAGGCCCAGCUGAUAUCUUCUCUGAAAGCUGAAUUAACUAGUCAAGAAUCACAGAUCUCUACUUAUGAAGAAGAACUGGCCAAAGCUAGAGAAGAGCUGAACCGCCUACAGCAAGAAACAGCAGAACUGGAGGAGAGUGUGGAGUCAGGGAAGGCUCAGCUGGAACCUCUUCAGCAGCACCUGCAAGAGUCACAGCAGGAAAUCAGUUCAAUGCAAAUGAAACUGAUGGAAAUGAAAGAUCUGGAAAAUCAAAACAAUCAAUUAAAUUGGCGCAGUAGCCCACACAACAUUCUUGUAAAUGGCGCUACAGAUUAUUGCAGCCUCAGCACCAGCAGCAGUGAAACAGCCAACCUUAAUGAACAUGCUGAAGGCCAGAGCAACCUAGAGUCCGAGCCCAUACAUCAGGAAUCUCCAGCAAGAAGUAGUCCUGAAAUACCACUUUCUAGUGUAACUGAUGAAAAUGAAGUGAUGACUGCAGCUGUUAAUGAAAAAGUUUGUCCUGAAUUUGACAAUGACAGACAUUCAAAAGAGGAAGAUCCAUUUAAUGUAGAUUCAAGUUCACUGACAGAUCCAGUUGCAGAUACAAACUUGGAUUUUUUCCAAUCUGAUCCUUUUGUUGGCAGUGAUCCCUUCAAGGAUGAUCCUUUUGGAAAAAUUGAUCCGUUUGGUGGUGAUCCUUUCAAAGGUUCAGAUCCAUUUGCAUCGGACUGUUUCUUUAGUCAAUCUACUGAUCCUUUUGCUACUUCAAGCACUGAUCCUUUCAGUGCAGCCAGCAAUUGCAGUACUACAUCGGUAGAAACAUUGAAGCACAAUGAUCCUUUUGCUCCUGGUGGAACAGUUGUUGUUGCAGCAAGUGAUUCAGCCACAGACCCCUUUGCUUCUGUUUUCGGAAAUGAAUCAUUUGGAGAUGGAUUUGCUGACUUCAGCACAUUGUCAAAGGUCAGCAAUGAGGAUCCUUUUAGUUCAACUACAUCGAGCUCUGUCAGCAGUGUGGUCACUACAAAAAUUGCGUUUGAGGACUCAUCAGUAAAAAGUGAAGAUGUACCCCCAGCACUGCCACCAAAGAUUGGAACUCCAACAAGACCCUGCCCACCACCACCUGGGAAAAGACCCAUCAACAAAUUGGAUUCUUCUGAUCCCUUUAAACUGAAUGAUCCAUUUCAGCCUUUCCCAGGCAAAGAUAGCCCCAAAGAGAAAGAUCCUGAUAUGUUUUGUGAUCCAUUUACUACUUCUACUACUACCACUACCAAUAAAGAGGCUGACCCAAGCAAUUUUGCUAACUUCAGUGCUUAUCCCUCUGAAGAAGAUAUGAUUGAGUGGGCCAAGAGGGAAAGUGAGAGAGAGGAAGAGCAGAGGCUUGCCCGGCUGAAUCAGCAAGAGCAAGAAGAUUUAGAACUGGCCAUUGCACUCAGCAAGUCUGAGAUCUCAGAAGCAUGAGGAAUUCUCUUGUCCUCUUUCAACAAUACAGUACUCUUCUUUCUGAAUAAUGAAGCUAUUUACGGUGUGUAUCAAAACUACCUGUGAGCAUGGGAAUACAAAAAGUUUGAGAUUCCUGUAAAUGUGACAAAAUUCUAGGUGUGUGUGCUUUUUUUUUUUUUAAACUUCAUUUCAGAUUUGUCAUUUUUUUUUCUUGUAAAAGCUAUAACCCAGUCAGACAACAUCGCCUAGGGCCCUCUUCUGGUGUAUAUUUACUGUGAGCUUUUGCCUGCCUAUGCUACUUUUACUUAUAAAGCUAAAGCACCCAAGAAACUUCUGCCUUCUGGAAUAUAGAGAAAUAGUUUCACCCUGUGCUACUCUUGUUCUGUAGUUAUUCUGAUGAUAGCCAGUGGACUUCUUAAAGUUUGCGGUGUUCCUCUCUGAUUGCUUGAGGAAGGGUAAGGGAAAGAAAAUCCUAUUUAUUUUAUGAUUGGUGCAAAUUGGCUAGUUGAAAGAACAUUUUCAUAUUUCCUUAAAGUAAAAGUACUGUUUAAUUUGGUUUUUAGAGACAAGGAAAAAUAUUUUGCACAGUUUGACUCCGCUAUUGAAAAAGCGAUGCUUUGUUGAACCAUUAUAGCUUCAGAUUUGCUCCUGUCCUAAAUAAAAAUGCUAAAGCUUCAUGUGUGAAAUAAAUUUUUUAAAAAAUUACUCUGGAUUUAAAGAAUUUUAGAUCAACAGAUACCUCUCCAUAUGUUUACUAAUUAUAAAAUCAGUUCAUUUUAAGUGCUAGAUAAUGGAGAAAAUUUAUUACCUAAAAUAAACCCACCAGUAUAAGGUAAGCAAAAAUCUUAACACGGUAGCUGUUCUGCCUUUGCUGCGGCCCUGUCCUUUCUGGUUCUUCAUAGCUUUAUUUUUAUACUUUUGCAGAAGAAAUUUUAGUAAGCUAGAACUGGAAGGUACUUUAAUUUUUCAUAUUUUUUUGUUUUCUUUAAUGAAGACUCAGUUACUUGAAAUGUAAAAACCUUACUGAAUUCAAAUGAGAAAAAUAACAUGUAUUAUGUGUUGCUUUUUGUCCAUCUUUGUGGUUUAAAUUAGUUUAUUUACUACAUGUUUUUCACCUAUAAAAUUGGCAAGAUAGCAAAGAAAAUUCUUGCUUUCUUAACUGGAAGAGAAGAGACUUGCUAAAUUAUCAGAACUCUUCAUGUGUUAAAACACCAUCUCCUAUAAAACUGACCUAGCAGACAAGCUGAAUUUGAAAUAGAUUACGAAGCAGGCUGUAACUUCUAGAGUAAUCUUAAUUUUUUUUAACACAAGUUAGAUGACGUAUUGAAUACCAAGAUAAAGAAAAAUGCACCUAAAAACUAAUUAGAGUUCUCUGGAUUACCAAGUCAAGGUAGUAUUGAUCUAUAUGUAUCAGAGUAACUUAUUGCCUCGCCUAUAAUUAAAUUCCAAAAUAUACAAUUCAUUUCAUCUUGAAAUGGUGCUUUUUUUUUUUCCUUUGUACACAAUUGGACUGCUCCAAUUUAAAAUAAACCACUUUCUUGCACUGCUAACUUUUUCUAUCUUUGUAAAUAGAAACAUUUCAGCAUAAAAGUCAUACAUAAGAAGCAAGGGCUGAAUCAUUAUAAGGCUUUAAUUUUUAUAAACUAAUCAAUUGACCUAAGGAUUGACUACAAAAGUUUAUUGAGAAGGUAGUGUUGAGAGUUGUGAUAGAUGGUUUUUUCUUUUUUUUCUUCCCCCAUUACUCUUUAGAAAAAAGGUAAGUUGACUUUGAACAACUUUCUUUUGCACUGGGAAAAUGAACACAAUGUUUGAAAUGCUUUUGAAAUAUUUUUUUUAAUUAAAACACUCUGGAAAAUAUUAAAUAUCUGUAACUUAUAAACACCAAUUUUUGAUGUAAUAAGUGUAUCCUAAUCUUAUGUAUGUUUAACUGGAGUAUAUAGAUUCUUAUCUUUUGUUAAAAUAUGUAUACUCAGUGGACCAAUAUAAUAUUAAAGUAUGUACAUAUUAUAUAAAUAUAUAUCUAUAUCUUCAUGCUCACUUGUGUAGGAUGAAUGUCUUAGAGUAUUUUGUGAUAUUUUAUGUUGUUGACUGUGGCUCCAGGGCCUGUGCUUGAAAAGGACAUAGAGGUAUUGCUGAGAGCUCAGUGGCACUACUUAAAACGUUUUAACCAUCUUCUACAUACUGGUUCAGAUUUAUUUAAGCUCUCAUUAUAGAAUUUUCUCUUGCAUUUCAAACUUCUAAAUUGUAGCCUGUAAUUAUAAGAACAAUAAACUUUAAGUAAUAAUAAAGCAUACUAUCCAUAUAUCCAA